AUGAAACGGACCUAUGAGAACGCCCUAAAAUUGCUAGAGACGCGAAGGCGCAAAGUCCGACCGAAGACGCCGACCGUCUCCACUCCAAAGAAUGUGGCCACCGCGAAUGCGAGCCUGGGCCUGAGGGGAUUGCCAAGCCUAGUAGGGAUGAGGGAGUGGCUGCAGCUUCUGGGACAUUCGGACGACGAUGUCAACAAACUGAACAUAAUCCACGUCACCGGAACCAAAGGCAAAGGAAGCACCUGCGCUUUCACGCGCAGCUUUCUGCAUACACAUCGCUUGAGGACGGGGUUCCCUACCCGAAUCGGGCUGUAUACGUCUCCGGCCCUGCAGUGUGUUCGGGAGCGAAUACAGAUCAACAAUCAUCCUAUCCCGAAGGAGUUGUUCACGAGAUACUUUUUCGAGGUACAUGAGCGGCUUGUAUCUCCGGUCCUGGAAUACGAUGCGCGGAGUAAGCGACAGCCGCGCUAUUUGCAAUUUUUGGCGUUGAUGGCCUUUCAUGCUUUUAUUAGAGAGAACGUCCAGGCAGCGAUCUUCGAGACUCACCACGGCGGAGAAUAUGAUGCUACCAACGUGAUAGAAAAGCCCGUGGUGACCGGUAUAACAUCGUUGGGACUGGAUCAUAUCGAUCAACUCGGCCCGACCAUCGAAAACAUUGCCUGGCAUAAAUCGGGUAUUUUUAAAGCUGGUGCACCGGCAUUUUCGGUACCUCAGGAGGCCGGUCCGUCCGAGGUUUUGAAAAGCCGCGCUGCGGAGCGAAACACGAUCUUAAGAUUCGCCUCUCCUAUUGGGUCUCUUCCAACUGACAAUAGGGUACUCAGUGUACCCGUACAGCGAUUGAACUGCUCACUGGCCCUGGAUCUCGCCAUGGCAUUUUUACAGCUGAAAGCGCCAGGGCAUAGUCUGAGCGCAGACGAUGUCAUCGGUGGAAUCAAAAAUUUCUCGUGGAUGGGGAGAUUCGAGGUGAUAGAUGACGGAGCGUCUCAAUGGUUUGUUGACGGGGCGCACAACACCCUGAGUCUGGAGCAGACUGGAGCAUGGUAUGCGAAGAACGUCAAUGCCGAGAGCCCACGAAAACGCCGGGUGUUAAUUUUUAGUCACUUCUCGGAGGACCGCGACGGGAUUCAGCUUCUGGAGUGCAUAGCACGCACGCUGUUUGAAAACGAUGCAAAGCCGGAUCAUGUCAUAUUCACUACAUAUCAGGAACGGGAGGAUGGGAGUACGCGAAUCGAUAAAACACUCAAAGCGCCGGAGACGCCUUUCCCGGACCUCUGCGCGAUAUAUUCGUCCCUGUGGAAAGCGUUUGAUCCCCAGGCUAUGGUGUCAACUGACCCCACGAUCGAAGGAGCGAUAAAACAGGCCAGGAAGAUAGCGGCCCGGGAGGGCGACAUGCAGGUCCUUGUCACAGGAAGCCUGCACUUGGUGGGAGGAGCACUUAAUCUCCUGCGACCGUAA